GACAGGUUCAGCUCAUACAGCUUUUGCGCGAAGCUGACGGCAAAUGGGCUUGGAUCCGGAUUCGAAUGGCGCUGGUCUCUCCCUCAUCCCUCAGACCCUCACUCUACUGGUUUAGGGCCACUGCAUGGGCUAUCUGCCCGCCUGCUGGUCGGCCAGCACGGAUGCCGUGUGUGAGAGUGCAUCCAAGUUGGACGACAUCUCUAAUCUACGGAUGCCCUUGACUCUUGAGUGAGGACGUCGACGCGGAGCAACCUCUAAAAGGUUCUUGCCCAUCAGGACCGCAGUGCAUUACAUUGCAGUACAAAGCUGCUCCUGCACCAUGAAGGAUGGGGGAUAAGUUGAGGCUUCCGGAGAUGGGGCAUCGAGGCACCGUCCCUGCCGCCGACUUCCGACACGAAACCCGGCACGCCUGAACGGGGCUCACUAGCGCACUUCAGAUGGUAAUAUGGUAACCUGGAUGAUCCGGGAGUGACGUUAUUUUAGGCUGCGUUCUCGCAGAGCAGUAUGUAUGCGGGCUCUUUGCGCUGAUCGGCAAGCCGGAUCGGUCAGACGCUACGAUUCGGCCAAAACUACAUCUCAAUAUUCCACACGUGCAUCACUUGUACAUAAUUCACUGCAUCUGGAGGCCCGGCACGAGGUCGGAGGUGCAAGCAAGAAUCGCAAACAUCUUUGGAGCUCUCUAGGUUACAACCCGCGAACCUUAUUGUAACCAGCUGUGCAUUCACAUUUUUCCGUUGUCAUUCUCAACAAUGCGGAUGACUGCGCCGUCUCAGUGCCAGUUGGCCCGCGCUGGCCACGCUAGCCACAGCUUCCAGGGGCCUCGUUCGCCCGCGCCCUGGGCACUCCCGCGUGUCCGCGUGCUCACCGCGCAUAGCUCUCGGAACUCUGACGCCGUCAGCAACAGGACUGCAAGCGGUGAUGACAUGCAUGGGGCGACGACGGUGCCGGCCCAGCUAAACGCCGCUGGCUCGGUGCAUGACAACGGAGGCGAGGUGCCGCUGCUGGCGGGGCGUCGUGCGGUGCUGCUGGGAGGCGCCGUUGGCGCAGGCAGCCUACUAGCUGCCGCUGCCGCGCCGCCGUCAGCACCGACUGCCGUAGCAGCGGCGGCGGCUGUGCCCGCGGCGGAGCUGGCGGCCGCGGCGGCGCCAGCCGGCCCUAUUGAGGCUGCUACGUCGGGACUGCGCGCCUGGCAGGCUCUGCGGGAGCCCUCCCUCAACAGGGGCCUGGCCACGCCCGCCGCCGUGCGCCGCGAGCUGGGCCUGGAGGGGCUGCUGCCGGCGCCCGUGACGCCGCCGGAGCUGGAGGUGGCGCGCGCCGCCGCCGGUGUGGAGCGGGCGGGCGCGGGCGGGCCGCUGCUGGCGUACGAGGCGCUGAUGGGGCUGCGGGAGCGCGACCGCGACACGUUCUUCGCGCUGGUGCAGGGCGACGUGGAGCGCUACCUGCCGCUCAUCUACACGCCCACGGUGGGGGACGCCUGUGUGUCGUGGGGCAGCCUGCUGCUGCGCCCCACCGGCCUCACCAUCAGUCUGGCGGACGCGGGCCGGGUGCAGCAGCUGGUGGACAACUGGGCGGCGGGGCAGCCACAGGCCCGCAUCGCGGUGAUCACGGACGGCGAGCGCAUCCUGGGCUUGGGCGACUUGGGUGCGCAUGGGCUGGGCAUACCCGUGGGCAAGGCCGCGGUGUACGGCGCCGCGGGCGUGGAGCCGAGCUGGGUGGUGCCGGUGGUGCUGGACGUGGGCUGUGACACGCCCGAGGUGGUGACGGACCCUCUGUACGUGGGUCUGCGGCGGCGGCGCGAGCGCGGCCCCGCCUACUACCAACUGGUGGACGAGGCAGUGGCGGCGCUGCGGCGCACCUACGGCCCCGGGCUCCUGGUGCACUGGGAGGACGUGGGGGGCAGCCACGCAGUGCCGCUGCUGCAGCGGCUGCAGGCUGCGGGUGUGCCCACCUUCAACGACGACAUCCAGGCCACAGCCGCGGUGGCGCUGGCGGCGCUGCUUGGGGCGGAGCGGGUGCCGGGUGUGCCGCCGCUGCAGCAGCAGACCUUCCUGUUCUUCGGGGCGGGACAGGCCAACCUGGGUGUUGCGGCGCUGCUGGUGUCGGAGCUGGUGUCGCGCGGCGUCAGCGAGGAGGCGGCGCGUGGGGCGGUGUGGCUGGUGGACAGCAGGGGCUUGGUCACGGACGACAGGCCCAACCUGUCCCGCUCCAAGGCCGUGUUCGCCAAGCCGCGGCCGCCCGCCCUGGGCGCGCCCGGCAGCAGCGGCCUGGCCAGCCUGGGGCUGGGCGCCAGCAACGCCGUCGGCGGCGGCGCAGGCGGCGGGGCCGCAGGUGGCGGCGGCGGCGACAGCCUGGCCGACCUGGUGCAGGGGCUGCGGCCCACGGCGCUCAUCGGGGCGGCGGCGGUGGGCGGCGCCUUCGACCGCGAGGUGCUGGAGCUGCUGGCGCAGGUCCAGCCGUCUGGCUCCUCCCGGCCCAUCGUGUUCGCGCUGUCCAACCCCACCUCCAAGGCCGAGUGCUCCUUUGAGCAGGCGUGGCGCUACACGGGCGGCCGGGCGGUAUUCGCGUCGGGGACACAGUUUGCUGCGCUCACGGCGCCGGCCCCCAGCCGCAGCCUGUUCGACGCCCUCCUCCCUUCCAGCUCCUCCCACAACAGCACCACCAACAACAACAGCUCCAACAACAGCAGCGGCAGCCCCGCCGGCGGUUUUGCCUACGGCGGCCGCACGCUGGUUCCCGCGCAGGCCAACAACUGCCUGGUGUUUCCGGGCCUGGGGCAGGGCUGUGUGGUCAGCGGCGCGGUGGCGGUCACCGACGGCAUGCUGCUGGCGGCGGCGCGGGCGGUGGCGGCCAUGGCCACUCCCGCGGACCUGGAGGCGGAGUGCGUGCUGCCGCGUGUGGGGCGACUGGCGGAGGCAGCCGUGAAGGUGGCGGCGGCGGUGGCGUCCGCGGCAGCAGUGGACAUGGUGGCGACCGUGGGCGUGGGCGCGCCGGCCGGCAGCAGUAGCAGCAGUAGCAGCGGUGGCGCCAGUGGCACGGGCGGGGCGUCCUGCAGUCGGGAGCUGCUGCUGUCUUCUUCGGCCGCAGCGGCGCCGGGCGCGGCCAAAGGGCCGGCGAAGGCGGCGGCAGGGCGUGGAGGCAGAGGCGGCAGCGGUGGAGCUGGCAGCGUUGGGGACACAUCGCAACUGGAGGAGUGCAUUCGCAAGCUCCAGUACCGGCCGCUGUGACUUUUAGGCAAGCAACAAGCUCGGUUGCAUGAGUGGUGUAGGCCCCUGGAUUACAGAUGCUGACGCCGGUUCCUGCCAUCAACAGGGCGUUUUUGGAACACCGUGUCGUGCUGUUGGCUGCGCGCAAUUCCACUAUUCAACGUAUGAGUGUAAAAAGCCCAACUC